AUGGAGAUGAUGCAUGAGGAGCAGCAAAGUCUAUGUUCUUUUUCUCGCUCUGAACAAGCAAUCAACGCGGCACAUGUGGAAGUUGUGAAUGGCACCGGUCUUGUCAUACUUAUGAGCAGGAGCACCGGCCACAUUACUCUUCAUGCCACUCUGAGCAGUUGGCUGCUGCUUGAGAUUGAUUUCCAUGUUGAAGGGAAGGGAGACCUGAUUGAGUUCCUGUAUAUGCAAGGAUAA